AUGUACGUGGAUCACGCCUUCUCGAUUUCUGAUGAGGACCCGAUGAUGAAAACCGCGUUCAUGGAAAGCAGCAACAACAAGCAACCGAUAAAAGAUAUCGCUCUCGCAGUUUCUCUCAUCGGCUUCGGAAUCAUAGGCAUCAUCGUCGGCUCUCUGAUGUCCUACAAUCAGAUCGGCGGUGACGUCGCUCACGGUAUGUUCUUUACGAUAUUGGGAUUAGUUUUGCUCAUUCUGGGUUUCUACUAUACGCGGAUUGCAUAUUACGCUUACAAGGGAUACAAAGCCUUCCCUCUCUCCAAUGUACAUCCUGCAUAG